UUCGCAAACUCCUCCAAUGAUCUUCACAUUCUCUUUACCAUAAUUAAAAUUCUCCACCAAAAAUAACAAAAUUAUUUAUUUGUCGCUUGCUGAAGCGAUUCAUAUUACAACAAUGGCCUCCAUGGUUAAUGUUACGAGUAUAAUAGUUACGAGAAAUCUCAUCACCAAAUUCAAAACUCCACGGCUCAAACUAGAUCUACCUUCUCUACAACAUUCUAGCCAGUUGAAUGCAAUCAAGAAUGAUCCAAUAAAAAUGAUAAAUAAGUACGCUUCAAGGAGAAAUAUCGUGGUUUCAUGUUUGGAUCGACCUAACUCUAGGCCGAAUCAAAUCUCUGGGUAUGAUGCUGUUAUGAAAUUUUAUUCCUCUAUAAACGAGAAGAAUCAAGACCAAUUAAGUAGUUGCAUCUCCAGCGAUUGUUUUAUCGAUGAUUUCUCCUUUCCAAAGCCUUUUCGAGGGAAACAAGAAGCUAUGGAGUUCUUCGAAGAACUUGUGAAGAGUAUGGGACAAAACGUUAAGUUUUGUGUUGAAAAUGUGUGUGAAGGUGAUGGACAUAGUGCUGCUGUUAAUUGGCAUCUUGAAUGGAAAGGACGAAAAAUUCCCUUUACAAGAGGAUGUAGCUUCUAUGAAUUUAUAGAUGAAGGAGGAAGACUGGUUAUAAGAAACGCGAGGAUUUUGAUUGAAUCGCCAAUUAAACCGGGAGGAAUAACAUUGAGCCUGUUAAAGAACAUCACCUUCUUGUUCGACGAAUUUCCAAAAGGAGCUGAGUUGUUUUUGGAAAAACCUUAUGCUAUAAUCCAAGCAGCAAUUCGAAUUUAUGGACUAUUUUUGGCGCCACUCAUAAACCAUGUAAUGGCAAGCUACCUGAAGCUUCUAAGCAAUAUGGCCGAAUUCUUCUUAUUGGUCGUCAAAAUUAUCAUCAAAAUUCGAAACCUCUUCUUCAAAUAGAAGAAACAAGGACUGCAUACUUUUAUUCUAAAUCAUCUUUUUCCUAUAUUUGAUGAUAUUAUUUUACUAACCGUAUAUGAUUAUUUGUACUUUCAAAAAAAAAAAACAUUAACAAUCUUGAGGGGUUGGUAAUUAGAGAUAUUAAAUUA